AUGUCUCUGGACGAACAGAAAUCCGAUGAAAGUUUAUUGUCGUCUUAUCGAAUCAGUAACCGUCUUGCUCAGUCCAAACUAUUUGUCAGUGCUGAACACCGUCAAACAAAAAAAGUCUAUCGAACUGAAAUUGAUCAAGAUACAAUUGGUAAAAUUACUCAAGGUAUUUGUGAUAAAUGUGAACAAUUGUUUGAUCUUUUACAAGACUUGAUCGACAAUGAAGGAAAAACUAAUAUGGCAAGUCUUGAACUCACAGAUGAUGAAACAAAACUUUUAUUUAAUGUGACAUUGACUAUUGUUUUUGGACGAACAUCACGUGAAUUUCCAAUGAAACUUGAAUUAGAAAAUGUUGAACUUGAUGAUAUUACUCGACUAGAAAGUAUUAUUCAUGAACAAGCUCAACAAAUUGAACAAUUAGAGUGGAGUCCACAUGAUCGUUUUGAUCGUGCAUCAAAAUUACCUUCACUUGUUAAGCAAGAUUUUCAUUUUCGUAAUGUCUCUUCUUCUGAACUUGCUGCUUUAUCUGAUAAUGAUCGAACAAUGCGUUGUCCAACCUUUAAACAUCAUCAAGAACAUCAACAUUAUAGUCAUAAUUCGUCAUUUAGUAUUGCAACAUCUACUCAAACUUUAGAGACAUCUACUGGUACAAAAGCGAUUGUUACAACUAAUCAAGGUUUUCUACCGAAGAGUAAACGUUAUCAAUUAGUUCGAUUUGAUGUACAUUUGUCAGGUCCUAUCAAUGAAAAAGAUAUUUUUUUAAUUGGUCUUAUCGAUGAACCUGAUACAAAGCAAUGGGAGACAUUUCAAUGCUCAACUGGAACUUGGGCUUUUAAUGUUUGUAAUGGUUCAGUUCAAUAUCCCUCUGGUGACACACGUCCUUAUACAUGUUCAUUGAAAAGAUUAGAACGAAUUCGUCAUGUAGAUAUAUUAUUCGAUACUCAAUAUCAUCGUUUGGCAUUUCGUAUAGAUGAUUAUACUGAAGAUCAUUGGGCUUUUUGUUUACCUAAACAACUACAAAUCAAUCAAUUAUAUCCUUUUAUUUAUCUGCAUAGUAUGAAUAUGUCGGUAUCCAUUGCUCAAUAA